AAGAGCGAUUUGGUGAACACACAGGCGAGAGCACAAUGUCGGUCUCCGAUCGCCUUCCCGAUUACCCGGUCAACUCAGAUUUCGUAAAGAAAUUAAAGUCAGCCCUGGAAGGCAGGGAUGAGGCGAGACUGAGGGACUUGAUCUGCGCUGACGUUCGGUACGUGGACGCCGUGAUAGAACUGGCUAACGACGACUGGAUGAAGGACCCCUCCGCCCAGCUGCCCCCCGGGGUGCUCGCAGGAGACCUGGAGCAUCUGAAGCCCCUCAUGGACAAGUUCUUCCAGGAUGCCAACGUGGUGUUUGAGAUCAAGAAGGAUGAGAUGGUGUGGCAGGUGAAAUCCCCAGCCACGUUUGGACUGUCAGGCCUCUGGACCCUGGAGUACAAGCGCGAGCUCACCACGCCCCUGUGCAUCGCCGCGGCCCAGGGCCACACGGCCUGCGUGCGCCACCUGCUCGGCCGCGGCGCAGACCCCGACGCCAGCCCCGGCGGCCGCGGCGCCCUGCACGAGGCCUGCCUGGGGGGCCACACGGCCUGCGCCCGGCUGCUGCUGCAGCACCGCGCCGACCCCGACCUGCUCAGCGCCGAGGGCCUGGCGCCCCUGCACCUCUGCCGCACGGCCGCCUCGCUCGGGUGCGCGCAGGCGCUGCUGGAGCACGGCGCCUCGGUGCAACUCGAGGGCGGCGCCAGCCGGGACACGCCCCUGCACGUGGCGGCGCAGCGCGGCCUGGAUGAGCACGCGCGCCUCUACCUGAACCGCGGGGCGCGCGUGGACGCAAGGAAUGGCCGCGGCGAGACGGCCCUGAGCGCGGCGUGUGGUGCAGCCUGGCGGCCCGAUGAGCACGCGCGCUGCCUGCGCCUGUGCGCGCUGCUGCUGAGGCACGGCGCGGCGGCAGACACACGCGACGAGGACGAGCGCAGCCCGCUGCAUAAGGCCUGCGGCCACGCGCGCCCCGGCCUGGCGCGCCUGCUGCUGCGGCACGGCGCCGAUGCGCGCGCGCUAGACUACGGGGGUGCGUCGCCGCUGGCCCGCGUGCUGCAGACGGCCGCCUGCGCGCCCGAGGCCGAGCCGCAGCUCACGGUGCAGGAGCUGCUCAACCACGGCUCCCCCACCGUGUGGCCCGACGCCUUCCCCAAGGUGCUGAAGAGCUGCGCAGCAGUCCCCGCGGUCAUCGAGGUUCUUUUCAACUCCUACCCUCAGCUCCGCGUCUCCGAGUCCUGGAAGGAGGUGAUCCCUGAAGAAGUGUUUCAGGUGUACCAGGCUUUCUACCAGUCCCUCUUUGCCUUGGCCCACACACCCCGCUGUCUGCAGCAUCUCUGCCGCUGCGCCAUCCGGAAAUCGUUUGGCAGAAAGUGCUUUUCCCUCGUGCCUCUGUUGCCCUUGCCGGAGUCCCUGCAAAACUACCUGCUUCUGGAGCCGGAGGGGGUUCUGCAUUGAAACCCAGCAGUGUGGCCCAGGACACUGUGCUCUUCUGAUGGGCCUUGGAUGGGACCUCCCACCCACCCAGUGCACAGACCUCACCCCGCUUCAAGUUCCACCUGGGCAUGGAGAUGGUAAUAAAAGCCCUUUCUGCCUCUCUCAGGGUUGCUUCUGAGAAUGGAAACUGUGAAUGUCAUAGUACAUGUAUCACAAAGUACCUUUCCACAGUUCAGUUCAGUUCAGUUCAGUUCAGUCGCUCAGUCGUGUGACCCCAUGGACUGCAGCACGCCAGGCCUCCCUGUCCAUCACCAACUCCCGGAGUUCACCCAAACUCAUGUCCAUCGAGUCAAUGAUGCCAUCCAACCAUCUCAAUCCUCUGUCGUUCCCUUCUCCUCCUGCCCUCAAUCUUUCCCAGCAUCAGGGUCUUUCCAGAUGAGUCAGCUCUUCUCAUCAGGUGGCCAAAGUAUUGGAGUUUCAGCUUCAACAUCAGUCUUUCCAAUGAAUACCCAGGACUGCUCUCCUUUAGGAUGGACUGGUUGGAUCUCCUUGCAGUCCAAGGGACUCUCAAGAGUCUUCUCCAACACCGCAGUUCAAAAGCAUCAGUUCUUCAGCGCUCAGCUUUCUUCACAGUCCAGCUCUCACAUUCAUACCUGACUACAUGGACUACCUUUCCACAGAGGUUGAUCUAAAAGGUGUAUGUAUUUUUCCCAGAGUUGGUCUCCCUGCCCACGAUUGUUCAGCCACAAUCCUGCCGGCCCCAUCCCCAAACUUCAGACCCUCUGACUUAGGAUAGGAAAACAUCACACCCCUCCUAGAGCUCAGUGCCCUGGGAAGGCCCUGCCCCCCUAAACGUGACAGACGUCCACAUGCAGAGAGGAGGACACGUGCUUCCGUAACGAGAGCCCCUGCCCAGGAGCCCGCUGGUGCUUCUGAGUGCGUCACCACCCAGAGCCCCUCAGAGGACGCUGGAGGGGUGGUGAGCAGACGCUUUGAUCCUGUGUGAGUCUUCUGUCCAACGGCCCCAGCAGACCCAGCUGAGCCAGCUGUGGGGGGACAGUCUAGGAUGCCAGAAUCAGACGCAGGCUCGUGGAGGCUGCCCUCAGCUCAGCCUGAGCAUCCGUAACAGGAGGAAGCUCUAAAGCCUAGGACUGGAUUAACCAUGUUUUUAUAUUUUUUAUGUUCUGGUGCUUUGACACCUGGGGCCUUUCGGACCGGGGCUGCCCCCCCGCCCAGGGUUAGCCAGUUCUUAAAGACAAUAAACAAUGUGCCCCCAAGCAUCCUUUUCAAAUACAACUCAACCAGCCCAGGGCUCACACCCCUACCACCUCCCUUGAUCUCCUGUCCUUAUCUUCCCACCCACUGCCCCAACCAGGGCCACCCAGACACCUGGAGGCAACCCCUCUGCCUCUGAGCCCACUGCAGUUAUUGAGAUUAGCCAGUCCUGUGCCCGUGUAUCCAUCCCCAUAGAAACUGCAAGCAAGGCUCCUGCCCACAUCUCCUCCCCCUGCCCCCACCUCCUGACCAACCCUGGUGCUACCCCAUGUGGUGUGGCCCUUCUCUUGGGAACUGUGAGGAAUAAACUAUCUCUUCACUGGUCUGAAGAUCGCUCUUCUCAUCUGUUGGCCUUGCAUACAUGUGUGCUAGGUCACUUCAGUUGUGUCCAACUCUUUGCAACCCUAUGGGCUAUAUAGCAGGCCAGGCUCCUCUGUCCAUGGGAUUUUUCCGGGGAAGAAUACUGGAGUGGGUUGCCAUUUCCUCCUCCAGGGGAUCUUUCUGAUGCAGGGAUCAAAUCUGUGUCUCCUCCGUUGCAGGCAGGUUCUUUACUGAGCCACCAGGGAAGCCCUCUGUUGGCCUUACCAGACCUCAAAA